AUGGGUGCCGGUCAACGUCGUCGUCGUGCCGCGGAAACUGCUGCCUCAGCCCUCUCGUCUCCCUCCCCUGCCGAGUCCAUGUUUGACUCCUCUACCGCUGGUUUCACUUCUGCCACCUCCUUUUCUGUCACGACACCCUCAUCACCCCCGGAGACUCCACCCGUUCUUGUCGAUGAACUAUCGAAGAACCUUGCGUCCACCUCUAUCAAUGAGGUAAAUGACACGGUACCGGCCAAACCAUAUGUCUUCAUUGCGAUUGACCUCGAGGCAAAUACGCACGAUUAUACGUGCUUUGCUAACAACAAGACAUACACCCGAGGUACGCCAACCCAAAUUGGAAUUUCCAUUCUCCGAGCCAAUGGCAACAAUGCGACCCUUUUCGCAAACGAUCCCGACUCCUCGGCUGGCACCAAUUACCGCCACAUUAAGUUCAAGGAGUUUGCGAAGUACAGAACCAGAAUCGGAAAGCUAAAGGCAGGCGAAAAGGUCGACUUCCUGUAUGGUCGCACUGAGGUUAUUCCGCUCGGUGGAGCAAACAGCCUCAUUAAGAAGCUCAUUGACGAUGAGAGCAAGCACGGAAAGGUGGUCUUGGUUGGUCACGCCAUCCAGAAUGACCAAAAGAUCUUGGGUAUGGGUGGGAUUAAUGCUUUUGACGCCCUCUUUCCAGAGGCUUUAGAUACUCAGGCUAUACACCUUCCACCAGGAAGCAAGCAGGGUAGAAGCCUGAUCAAUUUGGUCUUGGGCUACAAUAGCUCUGCGGAAACAGGCUGGCAGCACAAUGCCGGCAACGAUGCCGCAUGGACACUUUGGGUCAUGGCAAAGAAGCUGCCGGACAUUCUCACAGUCUCGGAAUCUGGGAAGGAGAUGGUGCUGGACAAUUCGAAGACUCUUAGGUUUGCUCCAAGAGCCCAAUUCGACUACGACGACAACAUGUAUGAUUAUUGUUAA